UGUAAGCAUUGUUCUGCUUUACACUUCAAAGAUGAAGUAAAUAGACAAGGUGCAUACAAGAAUUGCUGUCAUUUCGGUAAAGUAAAGUUACAAGAACAUCAUGAAUAUCCAGAAGUUCUUAAAGGCAUGUUUGAUAAUAAAGACUUCAAAGCCAAUAUAAGAUCAUAUAACAGUGCAUUAUCAUUUGCUUCUUUAGGUGCACAAGUAGAGACAAUUACUAAUGGUCCUUAUUGUUUGAAGAUUCAUGGACAAGUGUAUCAUACAACAUAUAAUGUUAAUAAUGUUGAUGAAAACAAACCAAGAAAAUAUGCACAGCUAUAUGUUAUUGAUACAGACCAGGCAAAUGAUAUAAGAACAAGAAAUGGUGCAAAUGCGGCGUGUGACUUUAGUGUCAUGUCUAAUUUGGAUAGACUAAUACGUUCUGUCAAUCCUUAUGCACAAGCAUAUUAUAAUAUGGCAGAGGUUGAAAGACAAGCAAAAAGUAAUGGCACAUACAAAGGAAAUCUCUCUAUGGUAUUUAAUAGAAGUUUGAAUAGAACUGCUAAAAGAUAUAAUGCACCUACUGCCAGUGAGAUAGCUAUGAUAUUCACCGAUAACAAUGGAGAACCGCCAUUUGAAAGAGAUAUAAAGGUGUAUGCAAAAGGAGUAAGUACUGAUAAUCUACAGCUCAAUCUAUUAAGUCCACAUCUUGAUCCAAUGACAUACGUGUUAUUCUACCCACAUGGGGAAUUGGGAUGGCAGCCAAAUAUGAUACUACCCUCAUAUAAUGAAUCCAUGCAAAAAAUUUCAAUGUUGCAAUAUAAAGUAGCACAAAUAUCUAUACAUUCUAAUAAAUUCAAU